AUGGCUAGGACCAAUGUGGAAUUAUUCAAGGAAUUUCUUGAAGGCUGGCUUGCACGUCAAGAACAUUACCUGGACGAGCUCCUCACGGCAAAACAGAACAGUCAUGAAUCCAGACAGGAAGAUCUCAAUGACCUAACUACCAGAGUCCUCUCCCACUACUGGCAAUACUAUGAUGAAAAAUCACUUGUUGUUCAACAAAAUAUUUUUCUCGCUUUCUCUCCUCCAUGGUUAACUCGUUUAGAGCGCACUUUUGUAUGGGUCGGGGGCUUUAAGCCAGGACUUCUCUUUCGCAUUGUCAAGGACUCUGUCGACGACUUAUCAGAGGAGCAAAGUGAAAGAGCAAGUACAUUAAUGCGGCAGACGAAAGUGGAGGAGAGAGCGCUGGACGAAGAAAUGGCAAGAAUUCAAGAGAGCUUGGCAGCACCACCGCUGCUGAAGUUGGCCAGGCACGUAGGGAGGUUGGUCAACGGGAAGGCAGUGGAGGAGGAGGAGGUGUUAGGGUCCCUUAAGAAGGGGAUGCAGGCAAUGGUGGACAGGGCUAAUUUGUUAAGGACAAGUACGGUGAUGAAAGUGGUGGAGUUAUUGAAUCCAGUGCAAAAUGUGAAGUUCUUGACAGCUGUUACUCAGCUUCAGCUCAGGAUAAGAAGUUGGGGAUUGCAAAUGGAUGCCGAGAGAAGUGAAUCUGACGGACAGGAUAGUAUUUUUGGGCACAACCGACUCAACCCAGCCCUUGCACGGAAUGGUACUACCGCACUGGUGUCAAAGACCAAUAAUGUCAAAGCUUUGACCAUCGAAUUUCUUGAACGCUGGCUUGCACGUCAAGAACACUACCUCGACGAGCUCCUCACCCCAAAACAGAACAGCCAUGAAUCCGGACAGGAAGAUCUCAAUGACCUAAUUACCAGAGUCCUCUCGCACUACCGGCAAUACUAUGAUGAAAAAUCACUUGUUGCUCAACAAAAUAUUUUUCUCGAUUUCUCUACCCCAUGGUUAACCCGUUUCGAGUGCACUUUCGUAUGGGUCGGGGGCUUUAAGCCAGGACUUCUCUUUCGCAUUGUUAAGGACUCUGUCCAUGACUUAUCAGAGGAGCAAAAUGAAAGAGUGAGUAGAUUAAUGCGCCAGACGAAAGUGGAGGAGAGAGCGCUGGAUGAAGAAAUAGCAAGAAUUCAAGAGAGCUUGGCAGCACCACCGCUUCUGGAGUUGGCGAGGCACGUAGGGAGGUUGGUCAAUGAGGAGACAGUGAAGGAGGAGGAGGAGGAGGUGUUAGGGUCACUUAAGAAGGGGAUGCAGGCAGUGGUGGACAGGGCUAAUUUGUUAAGGACAAGCACGUUGAUGAAAGUGGUGGAGUUAUUGAGUCCAGUGCAAAAUGUGAAGUUCUUGACAGCUGUUACUCAGCUUCAGCUCAGGAUUAGAAGUUGGGGAUUGCAAAGGGAUGCCGAGAGAAGAGAAUCGAGUAGUAAUUGGUCGGAGAGUUGA